UCCCCUCUUUCUCUUUUUCCCUUUUUCAUUCUCGUUCCCGUUCCUCGUUCAGUUCACUUUUUCAGAGAUACCCAUCACUCUUCUCGGCAUUUACUUCAUGGCAUCCCUCCCUCUCUCUCUCGUCUCUUCCCUGUUCUGUUUUCCAUUCCUUCAUACACGCCAGCACUAGUCCUUUCAUGCCUUAUUUCUUCCCCCCCCUCUCUCCCUCUCCCUCUCCCUCUCCCUCUCCCUCUUGCAUAUUCAUGGAUCCCCAAACCGGAUCGUGUUUCCUUCCCUUUCUCUUCCUCUUCCUCUUCUCCCCUCCCUUUCGUACUUACAUCCCCGCCUUGUCCCUGUCCCUAAACCUGUCCCUAAAGCUGUUUUGUAUUGCUGGUUUACCUAUCCAUCCACUACAGUUCCUACCUAGUGCGUAGUACGUGCCUCUCUACAAUUUGGCCUCUCUUCCUCCUUCUUGGAAC